AUGGUAAAAAUUAAAACAAUAAUAAAUAAAAAAGAGAGAAUGAUAAAAGACGAAGAUAGACACAUAGACUAUAAAUUUAACAAAAGAAAAGGAAAACCAAAAACAAUAAAUUAUGCAUUUACGAUAAGAUUAGAUUCUGUAAGAAAAAAAAAAAGAAAAUCAUCUGAAUUAUUUGUACGUUAUGGAUGUAGAACACUAUAUAAAUCCAUAACGAAACGAAAAUUUGAUAAAAAUUUUUAUCAAAUAGUAGGUUCAAUGAAUCUUUUAAAUUUACAAAACGAAAUGCAACGUUAUUUAACAAGCUGUAUUCAAUUAAAACGUCAUCAAUUACGAGCGAAAACCGAAAUAAAACUAGUAGGUGAUAUAAGUCCUUAUAAGCAGCAAAAAGUAACUCAGAAAAUUGAUUUAUUAACUAAUGAAUAUGUUUUAACUAAAAAGAUAUUAUUUUAUGAAGCAUUGAAAUAUAAAGAAUAUCGAAUAUUAAUAAAAAACUAUAAAGAACGUACAAAAGCAAAAUCGCGUAAACCGCAAACAAAGAAGAGUAAAUUUAAAUAUAACGCUUUUAAAAAAUCGAUCUUACAUCGAUUUUUAAGGAAACGUAUAAGAAUUUUACAAAGGCAACUUUUACUAUUACGAUAUAGAGCCCAACAAUUUCCAACAAGUUAUAUAGGCCCAAAUUAUAGACGACGACUAUUAUUAAAGCAUACUAAGCAUGUAAUAACACACUAUAAAAAAAUAACAGAGAAUAUUAAAUUAUUAAAAAAAAAUUAUAAAUUUAGUCCAAUAAAUAAGAAAGUAGUUCCAUCAAGCGAAAUACUUAAAGAUCGACAAAUACAGGAAUACACGGCUUCUAUAAGAAGAAAGAUGAUCUAUAAAAAUCGAUCCUUUAAUAAAUAUAAGAAUAAUAAAUAUAAUAAUAGAAAUCCAAAAGCUAAUUCUUAUAAAAAUAAGUACCAAAAUAAUCAAACAGUUACGUUUAAUAAUAAGAAAAAUUUUACUAAAAAAAAGAGUGUAAAAAUUGGUAAAGUUAACAGGAAAAAGGUAAGACUGAUUACAAGAAAAGGCAAAAAAAAUACACUAAAAGAGUUGCAAGUUGAAUUAUAUAACCAAGCAGUAUCACGAAAUAGAACAGUGGAGAUGCGAGAACUAACAGCGUUGUUUAUAACAAAAUUAAAUGAAUUGAUACAAAAACAAAAAAAAAUUAAAGAAAAAUUAAACACAAAGAUCCAAACUAUAAUUAAAAAAACAAUAGUACCUCAAGAAGAUAUAACUAAAAUUAAAGAAAAAUUAGAUAGUAUUAGUGAAAUAAAAACAUUAAGUCAAGUACAACAGACAAUUAAUAUUGCAGCAAUGAGACAAUUAAAACAACUUCAAACAAAAGUAAGAUUAAGUGUCCAACCAGCAAAAAUAGCCUUUGCAAAAUAUUCAUUAAAAAAAAAUGCCCCUCUGAAACUAAUCACUGCAUUUAUGCAAAAAUGGCUUAAUAGAAAAGAGAAGCGAAAUCAGUUCUAUACACCAAAAGGGCGGUAUAUAAAAGCAAAAAAAUAUAAAAGUUAUAUUGACGGUUUUUUUUCUCAAAGAAUGGGAGUGUUCGUAAAAGGUCGUUUUAGAAUAAUUUCAAGAAAAGGUCAUUAUAAACAAUUUUCUUCGAUUGAUCCAAACUUAAGUUAUUGGGCAACAAAAUAUAGUCAAAUUAAAAAGCAAGGAAAGAAGGCGGUAUCUAAUGUCAAUAGCUUAAAGUGUACAAAAUAUAAUGCCUCACGAUUAAUAUUAAAGGGAUUCUAUGACUUGCGUUUUGUAAACACACGGAGUUAUUUUUUAAAAAAAGGACACAAAAGUAACGAUGUAAAAAGCCGAAGUUUAAAAAAAAAUAAAACUAAACUUAUAAAAAAAAUUUUAAGAAACCGAAAAAACCAAACCUUAAAUCAAUUAUUAACUACUGUAAAUAGAACAUCGGAGAGAGUUCAACACAUAAGUAAACAAGCACAUGUAACAGAAUUAUUUACUAGGAAGUUAUAUAACAGCAAACGAAUAAAACCAGCAUUCUCUAACAAAAGGUUAAAAUAUACAGUAGCACAAUUUCUUCUAUUACAAUUAACAAGCUCAAAGAGUCAAAACUAUUUAACAAAGGUAUUAGCCGCGUUAAAGCCAAAAUUUAAGCGAAAGUUAAAAGUUAAGAAAAAGAAUCCAAGAAUACAAGUUACGUCGACUAAGAUUCAUGAGUUUUUAAAUAAUGCAAGACAAUAUAUCACUUGGAUAAAAGGAUUUAAAAAUAAACAAAGUAACCUAUUUCAAAAAAUAUUAGUAGGAGGUAAGAAAAGACAACAAUUAAAUUUUCAACAAUUAUAUAGAAUUUAUUCAAAAAGUUUAUUACGAAUAUCGUCAUUAAUUUUAAAAGAAAGUAGAACCAACGUCAAAGAGCAAUUUAAAAGAAGUCUUAAAAAUUUUAGAAAACAAACAGGUACUGGCAUGGUAUUUAGAGUCCGAAAUAAAUUAACGUUAGCGAUGGUAUUACGAGCUCAGAAAAGAAGAGAGCUACAAUUAAGUAGCCAGAACAAGAAUUUAAAACCAAUAGUAACAACAUUACAGAGUUCUGUAAAUAGUAUGGUAGACUUAAGCCCCCAAUUACCUUCAAAUAAAUGGGUCACUUUAGUGAACAAUAGUAAAACUCAAGCAGAAUUUUUAAGCAGCGAAUACCAAAACUUUAAAAAGCAGACUACGUCUUCUAAUAUUAAAAAAUUAUAUACGAAAGUAUGUUUAAAAAUAAGAAAAAAAUCUCAGAAAACGUUACAAAGCGUUUUACGAAAACGAAGUCCUAAACCGAUAGUUACAAAAACACGUAAAAAAAGAAAAAGUAAAAAAACAAGUAAAACACAAGUAAAAAAACAAGUAAGUUAUAAUAUUAGAAGAAGUAAACGAGAACGACUAUUUCAGAAAUCGAGUACGCAGGCAACCGUCUUUAAAAAAUUAAGUGUAUCAAACACGGCGUAUUUACAAUACUUGGCUAAUUAUAAUUUUGGAGAAAGACAACAAUUGGCACCCGAAUUAUUAAAUGAGCUACGAAAUCAACUUCCAGAAAAGAACGCAAGUAUCAACAGUGAAGAAAGUAACUUAUUAAGUAACGAUUAUAAAAUAAGUUCACAAAAGAACAGUAAGAACAUUAUAAGGUUAACGGCGACAAAUGAAUAUAAUUAUAAAUAUAGUAAAUUUAACAAUAAAUGGUGUAAAUUACUACUAAUAAAAAAACAAUUAAAAAGUAAAGAAGAAACGUAUAGAACAAAAGCGUUACUUUACAAUUUAUUAAGAACGAAAACAGUAGGAGAAAAAGUAGAAAAAUGUGUAAGUAAAAUUAAAAAAGUAAUUCAGAAAAAAACAGAACCUGUAGUUAACAUUAAAAAAGUAAUUAUAAACAAACAAAAAAUUGUUAAUAACCAGAGAUAUAAUAAAAACGGACAAAAAUUUAAGUUUAAGAAGCAUCGUAAAAAGAAAAGAAAAGGCCGUGGAGCAAACUUAAUAAACUUGAAGGCAUUAAGUACAGUACCAUAUUUUAUUAGACCAAGAAUAAUUUCAAAAAAAGAGUACAAAAUUUCUAUGAAGCGUUGGAAUAUGCGACGAAUAAUUAAAGCGAAAGUACUAAAUCAAAAACAACGAUUAAAAAAAAAAGUAUUAAGUAAAUCAAAAAAAGCACAGAUAAUAAACAUACUAUUAAAAAAAUAUUUUAAAAGUGAAGAGAGAGCACAAAUAUUAUUUUGGUUAAAAACCCAAACAGUAAGUAAAUUACACAAUAAAUUAUAUUUUCCCAAAAAGGUAAUAAAAUUUUUAAAAGAGUAUUUAAAAGCAUGUUAUGCGUUUGGAAUAAAAAAAGAAGCAAAAAUAAGUCGAAUAAGAGAACUUGCAGUAAUAGAAGCAUUAAUAGAGAGAAAGGGAAUUGCGGACGAACCAAGUGAACUAAAGUAUUUAGAAGAGUAUUUACAAAACCUAACAACUAGAUUACCUGCGAAAUAUGUAACAGCACAUGCAAGAAAUUAUAGAAGAACAUCAAGAACAGUAAUAAAGAAAAAACAAAAAAUAAAACCAAGAAACAUAAGAAAAUAUAAAAUAAAGAAAAGUAGCCGAAAGGUACUUGAAAAAAUCCGUUCAAUUUAUAGUAUUGGUGUAAGAAAGAGAUUUAAAUAUAGAAAAACCCCCUUAAGUCUGAAAAGAUCGACAAAAAUUUCGAGAAAAAUUUUACAGAAACAUAGAAAAGCGAAAAAACAAGGUUUAAAAAUAGAGAAACCAUUAAUAUUAGUAAGUUAUUAUUACUAUUUUAAAAAAUUAAGAUAUGAUAGAAUAGUUUUAGAUAAAUUAAAUUAUAAAGAUCGAGAAUUAAGAAUGUCAAUGAAUGGUAAAAGUAAAUUAAGUAAAUUUUUACUAUAUUUAUUAAUGCGAGUAUAUUUAAAAAAAAGUAUUUAUAAAAGAACCGAUAUCAGAGCAGGAUUAUUAAGAAUAAAAAAAGCACAGCAAACGAAAAAAUUAGCACUAAAAUUAAAAUUAUUAGAAAGGGAUUUAGUCGAUGAUAUAAAAGGAAUCACAAGUAAAUCAAAAAAAUAUAUAGGAGUGGUAAAAAAAACAAUAUUAAUAAAAGUCUUAAUAAAAGUCUUAAGAAGUUUAUUAAAAGCAAAUAUAUUAACAAAAAAAGAAGCGAAAAGAAGACGUAAAAUAAAAGAGUUAAUAAAAAUAUUUUUAUAUCCAUUAUUAAUAACGAAAAGACAAAUACAAAAAGUAAGAUUAAGAAAAAAAAAUAAAAUAUAUUUAUUAAUGGCUCAAAUAUUUUUAUACAAUAUAAAACAAUUAGUAGUAAGUGUAAAUUAUAGUAUAAAUUUUUUUGGAAUCAUUGGAUCAAGUAUAACAGCGGAAUACGUAGUAAGACGAUUAAAAGAACGAUUAGAAUUAACGAAACGAAAUGGAUCAGCUUUAUUAUUAAAGGUAAUGGCAAAAUUAAUGCGUUCGCAACAUGUCGUAGGAUGUAAAGUAAAAUAUUCCGGAAGAUUAACCGGAAAUUCAAUGGCACAGCAAAAGGUAGAAUCAAGAGGAUUAAUAGGAAAUAGUAAUAUGAAUGUAUAUAUAGAUUAUGCACAGGAUAAUUUAGUAAGAAAACAUGGAAAAUGUGGAUUAAAAUUAUGGAUAGUACGAAAUUUAUUAACAUAUAUGCCAUAUAAAUAUGUAUAUACAUAUAAUUUUUAA